AUGGGUAAUUCACAAAAAAAUAAUCAGAAAUUAAUCUCCACAGCUUGGCUAGGUGUGAAUGUAACUAGCAAAUACUAAGUUAGGAUGAAUGGUCAUCUUUAAUGAAGGAGAAGCUAUCUCGUCUUUCUGAAGAGUGGGUUGUUCCCACAAUCAAAUGCUUGGAUAGAUUUUCAUAGAAAGAACAGAAAAAAUUCAGAAACCAAGUGAAAUUGAUUUGUAUCUUUUUGUUUUUUAAUUCAUAGUGGGUAAGAAAAUGAAAGAAGAUAAGUAUGAGGAGUUAUUCAGUAAAAGCUAAGAGUUUUUGUAAAUUCAUUUCAAUUUAUAUCAUUCCAUAGAAACAACAAUGAGUAUCUUCGCCAAGAUUUCUAAUUAGGCAUCCCAAUAUCGGAACUCACGAUAUCCACCAACACUAAUUCAAGUAAUAUGGAAUAAUCAUAGCAUAGUUGGUAAGAUCAAUGACAAUCAAUCCAUAUCUUCUAAGAACCAAGACAGUUUAUUAAUGGAUGAUCAAAGUUCCUAAAUUUAAUAAUUCUAUGUGUUCAUAACUUGUAUUAAUGAUGCUCUAAUAAGUCAAAAACACCCUUUUAUACAUCUAAUCAAUCAGUUUAAAGAAUGGGCAACAAACAAAUUAAUAAAUAUCAAGAAUCCUUAACACAACAUACAAUAAAUGAAAUAGAAACUCUAGAAAUUUUAGAGUUCUUCAGACCUCUUUCUGAACUUCCUCAUCCUUUCUUUGAAUGAAUAUUUGGGAGAUUUUAGCGAUGAGUUAAGUGAGGAGGAACCCACUAAGUACAUCAAAGACAAACAAAACUAUUACAAUUUAUUUCUAUAACAUGUAUUCAUUUCUAUCUAUUGAUUUUCAGAUAUACAAUGAAGCCUUAAUAAAUCAUCUCAUGGAUAUACUUAAGGUAAUCCAUUAAAACAGCUAAAAUAAUUGUAUUAAAAAAGUCAAACAUAUGCAAUCCAAAGUUGAAUGUUUUGAGAUCCCAAAAAAAUAUCUUACUCAUGAUCAACCAUUCUAAUAAGAAAUCUCAUGUUUAAGUGAAGCCCAACAAUUAAGACGACCUGCAGAUAUUUUUUAUUGUUUCAGGAAAACUUAUAUGAUGAUCAAGGAUCAUUUGACUAGAUCUGCAUCCAACCUUUUGAUUUUCCAAGUAACCAAUUAUGUUAUUGUGCAUUCCAACAUUGAGCAUUUUCAUGCCCUUCUCCAUUUGCUAGAAAUCUUCUAUUGUAAUUCACCUAUUUUACUUAAAUACCAUUAAUCGUUGGAAUUCAUAUAAAAUAUUUUAAUUUCUUGA